GUCAAAGCCUCACCGCAGGUCUAAAGGACCUCGUAACAUCUUGGUUGGAUUGAACUACUAUAUAGUCGAAAUGUGUCGAUGAAACCGAGGUAUUUGACCAUGAUUGGAGUCUUUUGGGCUCCUCUUUUUCUUGGUGCAGAGGGAUGGCAUCCUUUGUUUGGCCAAGGAGGAAGACUGUACUGUUUGGGAUGCUUUGAAUCUCUCCGUUCACACCAUGUCCACCAUUGGUUUUGGAACGGUGGUCUCCAACUCACGCUUCACUGAUGCUUUGGUCAUGGUGGAGUUUUGGCUGUCCAUUCUCAUGGGCGCUGCAGGUGGUGGGCUCCUCUUUUCGCGCGUGAGCACGGCCGGCUCCCGCGUCGCCUUUUCCGACGUGGCCCUGGUGAGGUCGCUCAAGACCGUCCGCGGCUGCCCGACGAUCAGCUUCCGCAUCGUCAACGAACGGCCCUUUAGCUGCUUGUUCGAUGUCACCUGCCGUGUGAGCGCCUUAGUGCGCGACUCGGAGGCCGGACUGAGAGUCUUAGCGUCCUGCAAGCUGGAAAGGGGCAGCACCAUGAUGUUUCGAGCGGUGUGGAAUUUGAUUCACUGCUUGGAUGAGGAGAGUCCCUUGUUUGGCUUGGAUGAAACGAAUUGUCAAGAGAAGUUUUUGGCCCUGGUCGUGCAACUGGAAGGGACUGAUCAGACGUACAUGCAAAAGGUCUUUGCCAACAAGUGCUACUAUCCGGCAGACUUUCGAUUUGAGGAGGACUUUGUGGACAUCAUGGCGAUGAGCGGGAAUCGAAUCACCGUGGACCUGAAAGGAUUAAGCAAGACCCGACGGAUCAAGUCACCGGAGUCCGAGGCAGUACCCGCGUCAAGGGCCGAAGACGAUGGCUCUUCCGAGAAUGAAGAGGAGGGUCACAACUUUGGGGUGUGAAUGGAUGGGUGGAAACACCUGCAUGUGUGAAUGGCUGCAGGUUUUUUUCAGCGCAGCCUCCCUCCAUGUGUGGAAGGCUUGUACAGCCAUUUGUGGCCUAAUUAUUGUGACAGGGUCUUCGACUCUUCCAUGCCUCCAGAUUGUUCAUGAUUGUCCUUUUGUCGGGAUCUUAAUGUGGAUCUGGUGGACAACUGGCUUUCCAUCUGAGCAGAGGCCGUUCACGGCUGGUGCCUGGCAGUAAUUUUUGAUGCCAGUUUGCCAAUGAAUCUGGCCAGAGUGGACGUGCCAAGCAACCAGCUCGCAAUGUUUGAUUGCCCUUCGGAGCUGACUUUCCAGCCAUCCUUCGUGAGUUUCGCUUUAGAGAAUGGAUUGAUCCGUGAGUUGAAAGCCCGUUUCGCCCUUGCACAUCGGAGAUUUUGCUUGAUCAGUCUUUGAUUGAGGGUCAAAUCCAGUGGUCGAGGUAUGCUUGGAACACCUCCUACUUCUCGUGGUCAACAACCCUAGUGAACAAACUGGGUGUGUCAACAGAG